UAUCCCAAAACCAAACCAAAACACAUUUCAACUAGUUCCAUUCGUCAUUCUUAUAGAAUCUACGAAACUAUAUUCGAUGUCAUAACACUUGCUUCAUUGCGACUUCAAUUGGAAUAAGAAGAUAACUUUACUUUUUCUAAUUAGGUUGUAGUGAAUGUAAUGAUAAUUUCAGUAAAUAUCAUCAAAUUUCGGAAAAUUCACCGAAAAGGAUAGCAUAGUAGUAUAGGUCACCACCCCAACCCCCACUAAGUACGCUCCUUGCCGCGGGUUCGAUCCCCGGGAAGAGCAUGCAUUUGAGUAAUCAAUGAAUGCUUAUUGUACAUCCCGGUAUCUUGGUGCAUGUGGCAUAAAUGUCAAUGACUUCUUACUGCGUGAGUCGUAUAAAGAAAUAUAAGUUCCAUGGCUCAGACGCGUUUCAGACUCCCAAAAAAACAUAACUGUUGUAUUAACUUAGAUAUUUAAUACCACUUAAUGCGUUUAUUUAACAUAAAUUGUUAAUAGGAUAGUAGAAGUGAAAAGUAUUAAUCGAUUAGUAUCCCUCACCCUGAGAUUUAAAAAUAGGAUUCGGAGCUUUGAGUAGCAAGUCGUGUAGUGAGUGCAGGCGUGACGUGUGUUGUAUGGCGUAGGCGUUGUGUUGCGUGUACUUGUGUACGUGCAUGACGCGAUCGAUAGGCGGCGCGCGGCGCGCGGCGGGAGGCCGCGCCUGAUAGCGGCGCGCACUGAUAACACGCUCGGCGAGCCGCGUGUGCCGCUCGGCCCGCCCGCGCCCUUAUCACAGAUUGUCACGCCUAGCCGCCUGAACUUAGUCCCGAGUUACACAGUUCAUGCGUAGUGACUUUGUUACAACGCGCCACGCACUGAUGCUGUUUAUACUUUUAAAAUUGCUUAGAUCAACUAUUUCUUCUCGAAAACCAACCCAAUCAACCUAUCAAAGUAUAUUAUUUAAGAAUACAAUUACAAUUAACAGGUGUGUCUGCGUCUAAUAACGCGUGUCUUUGCAUUUAUUUGGGACAAAAAUUGUUGAAAAACUCUGAACAUUUCUUUAAGGGUAAUUUUCUAUAAUAAUCAUUCAUUACCAAAUCAAUCGUUAUCAUGUGAAUUUAAAUCUAUGUCAAUAUUUUAUAUGAGUUUCUAGCAUGGCUUUGUGUCCACCGCCGCGCUGUUACGAAGUCACUUAGUGGGGAAGUAAUCUGUUGAUCGAGCGAAGUGAAGGCGGGCUUACAAUGAGAAAUACAUCAUGGCGUGUGUACAAAAAACGUAAAAUGAUGUGGCAAUCCACAUCGAUUGCUGUAUUUAGUUAAUUAUAGUUAUUAAUCCGAGUUACCUGAAACGUUGAAAAGUUUCGAUAAAAUGUGAUCAAAUCGGGCGGCGCUAUCGUUCUGUAUUGUACGUUACACGUUAACGUUCAAAAAUACAGAGCUCCACACGCAGGCGAUGUCGCAAGAGCCCGGCGCGAGCCCGUAGCGGCGGCGCAGCGACAGCGGCAACGAACUGCUACCUAGUGGGCGGGCCACAUGAACCUCGCCCCCUCGCAGAUGGCGAGCCCCGCGCUCGGUGAGAUUGAGGAACUGACGUUAUGCUCGUGCUGCAAGCGAACCUUCGACGACGUGGAGCGGCAGCCUAAGCUACUGUCGUGCAAGCAUCACUUCUGCCUGGCGUGCGCGCGGGGCGUGCUGUUGGCAGGGCGCGAGGUGUUGUGCAUGCACUGCUGGAAGCGGACCGAGCUGCCGGGCGGGCAGGCCGCCGCGCUGCCCACGCACGGCGCAGUGCUGGCCCUGGCGCGGCGCCUGGCCGGGGCCCCCCCGCUGCUGCGGGACCUGGCCCGCCUGGCCGCGCGCCAGCGCGACCUGCUGCUGCGCGCGCUGGACGCCGCCACCGAACUCAACAUGCGCCUCGAGGCGGAGCUGGCGGCGCCGGCCGUCGCUCCCGCCGCUGUCGCUGUCGACUCUCUGCCGGCCGAGCGCGAACACUUGCGCGCUCAACACGCUGAAGCAUUAGUGCAAUGUCGUCUCGACGAUCUCGUCCGGAGGGCGACGGUGCCGCUCGACUUUGAAUUAUUAGGACGCACGCUCACCGGGUUAGGGCCGAUUGAGAUUCCUUUAGCGCCGGGCGCUGCGAGUGAGCGGCGCGACCCCCUGCUGCUGCUGGGCAACUACUGCACGGCCGCGGUGUUCGCGCGGUCGUGGGCGGCGCCGGCGGGCGGCGAAGCGGAGGUGGCGGCGGACGCGGGCGCGGGCGCUUCACCCAGUUCUAGUGCGUCUUCUGCCUCGGCGGUGGCUUCGCCGCUUUUACGUAAUCCGGGAAUGUUCCCUUUAUUUUACUUCAAAUUAGAAGUGAACGGUGCCCCUUUCGGGCGCAUCGUGAUCGAGGUGCGCGACGACGUAGCCCCGCGGAUGGCGCGCAAUUUCUCGGUGCUGACCAGCGGCGAGCUCGGCGUCGGGUACCGCGGUUGCGCCGUGUUCCAGUGUUGGGAGAACGAGAGCGUGAUCACGGGCGACUUCGAACUGAACAACGGGCGCGGCGGGCGGUCCGUGUUCGAGGAGAGCUACUUCAUGCCGGACGACACGCGCAUGGCGGCGGUGCGGGGUUCGGUGGGCAUGCGCCGCUCGCAGAAGCGCCGCGACCGUCGGGGGCUGGUGGGCUCGCAGUUCCGGAUCGUGCUGCGCGAGAUGCGCGGCUUCACGGCCAUCUUCGCCUUCGUGGUGGAGGGGCUGGAGCUGGUGGACCGGCUCAGCCGCGCGGGCGACAGCGCCGGCAAACCGCACUCCGCCAUCCUCAUCGCCAGCUGCGGGAAGCUCUCAUAGACGACCUUAUUACUUGUAGUAACUUUCAUCUCCUGGGACUCUUGUACCUUAUUAAUGACUAGGACCAAUCGUAUUAUUUCGAAAACAGCUAUUUUUGUUUACGUAGUUCAUCAAAUAUUUUAAAAUGUUUAUUCGAGAAACACGUUGUAUAGUUCUACAGUAUACAUACGGAUAGUUAGGCGACAUGGUGCCCAGGUGCCGCGGUUUUAAUUCGACUAGAUAACAUGUACCUGAUUGGCCUAGUCCUAAUUGACCCAUAAUAACAUUUUGUUAUUAGCGUGGGGCAAACGAGUUUAAUUGAUAAAAUAUUAAUUUUAACGUUUCGAACAUGUGUGUGUCAAUGUGCUAAAAUAUUUUAGAAUAAUUUAUGUAGCUCUAAGGAGUGGAGCGCUUGGGGCAGCCUCCCCAAAUAUGAGACUGGGCGCACUCCGUCAGUAUAGAUAUUAUAUUUACAAAUUGACGUAGGUGCCCUUAUGGAGAGAAAAGAAGAGUAUAUGGGAAUAAGUGGCGGAGAUUGAGCAGCGUGAUGCUUCUCGAGGAGUCAAGACUGUGAUGAGAGCCGGAUGCCAGUGCCUGCUUAGUAACGGAUCUAUUUACUGUAGCUGUGACGUACUCGUGUGUUCGCGACUCAGCGUAACUCGCCUAUUUUACCAAAGAGUACGUAUAUGUAUAAGUGGAGCUUGGCGCGAUACCGUGUGACAUACCGCCAGCACGCCACGCCACGUGGAUGUAACUCGUGUUGACUAAAUUCAUAUUUUAUGGUAGUAGCGUUUAAUUUUGUCGGUAUACGAUAGACGACGACCAAGGUCUAACUCUUUUUGAAUGUUAUGUCUUCGGUAAAACCGAAGACAAUCGAGAUGAAUAAAUCAAUCUAUGGAGCAGUAA